AAAGCAUCGCAGACACCCUUUCCAUGAUGUGGCUUCUAAAGACUCAAGGACCACCCACCUUACUAGUCUGCAAUGGCAAAGGCAGAAAUGGAUAUUCAAACCCCACAGCCUCCGUUCUGUUAUUAAUCACUCUGUAGACAUGUGCCCCCACUACAGAGAGUGAACUGCACCACGGGGGAAAGUUCCAGGGGCCCCCAAACCACCAGCACUCUUGUCUCUCCCCCUGGAGAAAAAGAACUAUGGCGUUUAAUAGAUGUUGUUUGAUCUUCUUGGCAAUUACCUGGUGCACUUCUGCCUAUGGGCCUGACCAACGAGCCCAGAAGAAAGGGGACAUUAUCCUCGGGGGACUCUUUCCUAUUCAUUUUGGAGUAGCAGCCAAAGAUCAAGAUCUAAAGUCAAGGCCGGAGUCUGUGGAAUGUAUCAGGUACAAUUUCCGCGGGUUUCGUUGGUUACAAGCAAUGAUAUUUGCCAUCGAGGAAAUCAACAGCAGCCCAGCCCUUCUUCCCAACAUGACACUGGGAUACAGAAUAUUUGACACUUGCAACACCGUUUCUAAAGCCUUGGAGGCCACCCUGAGUUUUGUGGCACAGAAUAAAAUUGAUUCUCUGAACCUUGACGAGUUCUGCAACUGCUCAGAGCAUAUCCCCUCUACCAUCGCUGUGGUGGGAGCAACUGGCUCAGGCAUUUCCACGGCAGUGGCAAACCUGUUGGGCCUCUUCUACAUCCCCCAGGUCAGCUAUGCCUCCUCCAGCAGACUCCUCAGCAACAAGAAUCAGUUCAAGUCCUUCCUCCGUACCAUCCCCAAUGAUGAACACCAGGCCACUGCCAUGGCAGACAUUAUUGAGUAUUUCCGCUGGAAUUGGGUGGGUACAAUUGCAGCUGAUGAUGACUACGGACGGCCAGGGAUUGAGAAGUUUCGCGAGGAAGCGGAGGAGAGGGACAUCUGCAUCGACUUCAGUGAACUCAUCUCCCAGUAUUCUGAUGAGGAAGAGAUCCAGCAAGUGGUGGAGGUGAUCCAGAAUUCCACAGCCAAAGUCAUUGUUGUUUUCUCCAGUGGCCCAGACCUUGAACCCCUCAUUAAGGAGAUCGUCCGGCGCAAUAUCACAGGGAGGAUCUGGCUGGCCAGUGAGGCUUGGGCCAGUUCUUCCUUGAUCGCCAUGCCCGAGUACUUCCAUGUGGUUGGGGGCACCAUUGGAUUUGCUCUGAAGGCUGGGCAGAUCCCAGGUUUCCGGGAAUUCCUGCAGAAAGUCCAUCCCAGGAAGUCUAUUCACAAUGGUUUUGCCAAGGAGUUUUGGGAAGAAACAUUUAACUGCCACCUCCAAGAAGCUGCUAAAGGGCCUUUGUCCAUGGACACUUUCCUGAGAGGUCAUGAAGAAGGUGGUGGCAGGAUAAGCAACAGCUCCACUGCCUUCCGACCUCUUUGUACAGGGGAUGAGAACAUCAGCAGCGUGGAGACCCCUUACAUGGAUUAUACACACUUACGAAUAUCCUACAAUGUCUACUUAGCGGUCUAUUCCAUUGCUCAUGCCCUGCAAGAUAUAUACACAUGCUUACCUGGAAGAGGGCUCUUCACCAACGGUUCCUGUGCAGAUAUCAAGAAGGUUGAGGCUUGGCAGGUCCUGAAGCACCUACGGCACCUAAACUUUACCAACAAUAUGGGGGAGCAGGUGACUUUCGAUGAAUGUGGUGACCUGAUGGGGAACUACUCCAUCAUCAACUGGCACCUCUCCCCAGAGGAUGGCUCCAUAGUGUUUAAGGAAGUCGGAUAUUACAACGUCUAUGCCAAGAAAGGAGAAAGGCUCUUCAUCAAUGAGGAGAAAAUCCUGUGGAGUGGGUUCUCCAGGGAGGUGCCAUUUUCCAACUGCAGCCGAGACUGCCUGGCAGGGACCAGGAAAGGAAUCAUUGAGGGGGAGCCCACCUGCUGCUUUGAGUGUGUGGAGUGUCCUGAUGGGGAGUACAGUGAUGAAACAGAUGCAAGUGCCUGUGACAAGUGCCCCGAUGACUUCUGGUCCAAUGAAAACCACACUUCCUGCAUUGCCAAAGAGAUUGAGUUUCUGUCCUGGACAGAGCCCUUUGGGAUUGCACUCACCCUCUUUGCCGUGCUGGGCAUUUUCUUGACAGCCUUCGUGCUGGGUGUCUUCAUCAAGUUCCGUAACACACCCAUCGUCAAGGCCACCAACCGAGAGCUCUCCUACCUCCUCCUCUUCUCCUUGCUCUGCUGCUUCUCCAGCUCCCUGUUCUUCAUUGGUGAGCCCCAGGACUGGACAUGCCGCCUGCGCCAGCCAGCCUUUGGUAUCAGCUUCGUGCUCUGCAUAUCAUGCAUCCUGGUGAAAACCAAUCGUGUCCUCCUGGUGUUUGAGGCCAAGAUCCCCACGAGCUUCCACCGCAAGUGGUGGGGGCUCAACCUGCAGUUCCUGCUGGUCUUCCUCUGCACCUUCAUGCAGAUUGUCAUCUGCGUGAUCUGGCUCUACACCGCCCCACCCUCAAGCUACCGCAACCAUGAGCUGGAGGAUGAGAUCAUCUUUAUCACAUGCCAUGAGGGCUCCCUUAUGGCCCUGGGCUUCUUGAUUGGCUACACCUGCCUGCUGGCUGCCAUCUGCUUCUUCUUUGCCUUCAAGUCCCGGAAGCUGCCAGAGAACUUCAAUGAAGCCAAGUUCAUCACCUUCAGCAUGCUCAUCUUCUUCAUCGUCUGGAUCUCCUUCAUUCCAGCCUACGCCAGCACCUACGGCAAGUUUGUCUCUGCCGUGGAAGUGAUCGCCAUCCUGGCAGCCAGCUUUGGCUUGCUGGCCUGCAUCUUCUUCAACAAGGUCUACAUCAUCCUCGUCAAGCCAUCCCGUAACACCAUCGAGGAGGUGCGCUGCAGCACUGCUGCUCAUGCUUUCAAGGUGGCAGCCCGGGCCACGCUGCGCCGCAGCAACGUCUCCCGCAAGCGGUCCAGCAGCCUCGGGGGUUCCACGGGCUCCACGCCCUCCUCCUCCAUCAGCAGCAAGAGCAACAGCGAAGACCCCUUCCCACAGCCCGAGAGGCAGAAGCUGCAGCAGCCGCCACUGGCCCUGCCCCAGCAAGAGUCGCUGCCACGGCAACCCCUGACCCUACGGCCACAGCCCAGAUGCAAGCAGAAGGUCAUCUUCGGCAGUGGCACUGUCACCUUCUCACUGAGCUUUGACGAGCCUCGGAAGAGUGCCAUGGCUCCCAGGAAUUCCACGCACCAGCACUCCCUGGAGGCCCAGAGAAGCAACGAGACCCUGACCAGACACCAGGCACUGCUCCCGCUGCAGUGCGGGGAGACAGACUCAGAACUGACUGCGCAGGACACGGGCCUGCAAGGGCCUGUGGGGGGGGACCGCCGACCCGAGACGGAAGACCCCGAAGACAUGGCCCCGGCACUCGUCGUGUCCAGUUCCCAAAGCUUUGUCAUCAGCAGUGCAGGCAGCACUGUCACAGAAAACAUACUGCGUUCAUAAAAUGGAAGAAGGUGGCCAGUCAGGGAGGAUCCACACAGGUUUCCUGGGAACGUGUCCUCUGACAGGGAUGAGGAAUCGCCCCCGACUCCUUUCUUCUGUGGAAGGAGGCAUAAGACACACCAAACACCUCAAACUCAGUUGCACUGUUGGAAAUAACAGUGAAUUGACUAAUGUUUCCUUU